AUGGUGGACAGGAGAAAGAAAUCUUGGGGCACGUUUAAGAAUGAGAUGAAAGCAAAGAGGCGUAAAAUUGGAGAUGGCUGCGCAAAGAAGAACCAAAAAGGUAAUAUUCUUGAAAGACAAGAAUUGGUAGUGCAGAGACUGAGCGCAGAAGUCCACUGUCCUUGCAAGUAAUACUGGAGUACACUUUGACCAUGACCAGACACUUCAAAAAUCAGUUGCAGUGCUAUGUGUCUACGCAGACAGCAACUCAGAUAGGGUCUCUCAAGUGAUUAUGGGACCAGUCAUUAUUUAGUGGGGGGAAGGGCUACUAGAAUGAGUCAAAAUAGUCGAACGGUUGUUAUCAAAUAACAUUCUAUGUUUCUUUGCACGCCAAACUUUAAUCAAUAAAAGAGAUAUCUUGCUUUCCAUGUCCUGCAUGUUCUACCAGAUUUGGUAGUACACAAGAUGUCACUGAUUUGUAGACCCUCAUUGUCGCCGACACCAUUGUCGUCAUAAUCGUCCUUAUCACUGUCUUCAUCAUCCUCCUAAUCAUUGCCAACGUCACUUUCGUUGUCACUCUCGUCGUAAUCUUGAUCUGUAUCACUUUUCUCGCCAGUAUCUGUCGCUUCUUCCUGCUCACUUUCUUCGCCAAUUUCCUCCAGUACAUAAUUUUCUUAUUCGUCAUCUGAUUCUUCAUCCUCAACAUCGUCUUCCUCGUUAUUUAGCAUAUCUGCGCCGUUGACUAAGGAUCUCACAAUGUGGGUAGCAACAAUGUCUACUUUGUCACGUUUAAGUGUGGACCUUGAACAUCUAACGUGAUGUUUGUCGACUCAGAGAUCAAAGAAGGAAAUGGUUAGAAAUAAGCGACGGGCAUCACACGACUCCUGCACUAGUCAUAUUGGAAGGAGUAUGACCUUCAGAGCUUCGCUCUAACUAGUAGGUCCUUAAGAGAUUUUCCCUUGCGACAAGAUAUGAAGGGAGGCUCCUUAAAGAUUUCUCUUAGUCCCCACUGGUUUUGUACAAGGUGCCAUUUCCCCAUAAGUAUUCUCUUCAGGUUAGGUAAAGCCGGGUGGUAUUGUGUAACAAAAGGUAGAAGUUUUUAGUGUGCAGAUUCGUUUCUCUGUUGUAGGGCCGUUUUCCUGUAAGCAAAUUUUACCCCAGAGAGUUACUUUCUUAAAAUAGCGGCAGGGUAGCCUCUUUCUAACAGGCGGUUGUGAAAAUAUCUGAUAUUCCUCUCAAAUGCGAACUGCGAGGAACUAGUCCUAAGAAGUCUGAGAGCUUCCCCUUUGAUGAAGCCUUUUUUCAUGCCUGGUGGGUGGCAAGAGUAGAAGUUUGUGUACUGAAAUGUUUCUGUUGGUUUGUAAUGCGUUUGCACAUCUAGGAUUGAUUUCUUGUCGAAUCUAACCCCUUUGAACACUUUUGUGUCCAAGAACGUAAUCUCCGUUUCUGACAUUUCAGCCCUGAAUUUUAUCAUAGAGUGAAAGUUAUUUGCCUUUUUCACAAAACUCUCAAUUUUGUCUAGACUUGUAUUCCACAGCGAAAACACAUCGUCAAUAUACCUUUUCCAAAAAAGCGGUUUGAUGCAACUCUGACUCAAUAUGUUUUUAUAUUCUGGCCAUGAAGAUGUUUGCAAAACCAAGCUGGCUACGACUAAAUACAAGCUCAGUGAGCUCAGAGCAAAGGCCUCAAAUAUCUUUCAGAUUGAUUAUGCACCCUUAAAGAGGAAAUCUUGUGCUAAAAAACAAUAAACACCGCACUGCAAAACACAAGGCCUUUUGUACCUCACAGAGGAUGUCGGCGGUUUUGCAAAAUAUCGCUCCUGGCUUAGAUAAGGACUCUCUUUGUGAAAAGGGUCACAUACAAAAAGAGAUUUUUUUGAAUUUAAAACAAAGAGGUAUCCCAAAGGUAUCCCAAAAUGACACAUCUCAGCUAAGCAGUGAGGCGAAAGACUACCUCGCAGGCUUACUAGGCAAGGAGGGAAGCAACUAA